CUCGGGAGCAAAAUGUGCAAGGGACUCGCUGCACUGCCAGCCACUUGCUUAAAAAGUGCUAAAGACAUGAAGCAUCGUCUGGGCUUCUUGCUGCAGAAGUCAGACUCCUGUGACUACAGCUCCUCCCAGGGCAAAAAGGAGAAAACAUCUUCGAGCCAGAGGGUUAGCCAAGAGGAAGUCAGAAAAUGGGCAGAGUCUUUGGAAAACCUGAUCCACCAUGAGAGAGGACUGGCUGCUUUCCGGGCUUUCCUCAAAUCAGAGUACAGCGAGGAGAACAUCGAGUUCUGGGUCAGCUGCGAGGACUACAAGAAAACCAAGUCACCAGCCAAGCUCAGCCCCAAGGCCAGAAAGAUCUAUGAUGAGUUCAUUUCGGUGCAGGCAACAAAAGAGGUGAACUUGGACUCCUGCACUCGGGAGAAGACAAGCCACAACAUGCUGGAGCCCACGCUGUCCUGCUUUGACGAGGCCCAGAGGAAAAUAUUCACCCUGAUGGAGAAGGAUUCCUACCGCCGUUUUCUCAAGUCCCCCUACUACCUGGACUUGGUCAGCCCCCCUGGAGCUGGCUGUGGGCCAGAAAGCUGCAAAAGAAGCCACACUCACACCUUAGACUGCAACUCCAACAUCGUCUCCCAGUGUGCCUGAGCCUGCAGCAAGGCAGGAGCAGGCUGGGCUCCCGCAAAGAAACCCACACAGGGCAGCAAAAGCGCUCCUUGGCAUGAAGCAACAGAGCUGUCUCCAGUAGAUGUCCAAUGUCCCAGUUGUAUUCCAUGUCAUGCCACAGCCAGCAUUCGUAA